CGAUCCCAGCCAUGGAGGAGGAAGCCAGCGAAGGGGCUGGUUCCUGAGUGUCGUGGUUCCGGUGUCGCCUGCAAGGCUCCCAGCCCACCGGGUCGCAUGAUCCCCUCCAGCCGGAGCUGUUUUUGUUGUGAGCGGCUGCCGCGAGGCCGGCUAAGUUACCGGCAUCCCGGCCGCUGGCCGCCUCCUCUCGCGACCUAUGAUACAAAAGACCUUCCGGGGGCUGCACCUGCCUGCCUGCCUACGGCCUGAGACGGAUUUGAAUCUCUUUCUCUCCCUUUAGAACCUUAUCUUGGCUUUCCAUCGCAGAAGAGAACCACUAAACAGAGACCAGACUCCGUGUGUGAGCAGGUGUUUUGGACAAUGGACUGGUGGAGCCCAUCCCUAUUAUAAAAAAAUGUCUCAGAGCAACCGGGAGCUGGUGGUUGACUUUCUGUCCUACAAGCUUUCCCAGAAAGGAUACAGUUGGAGUCAGUUCAGUGAUGUGGAGGAGAACAGGACGGGGGCCUCAGAAGGAACUGAGUCCGAGCUGGAGACCCCCAGUGUCAUCAAUGGCAACCCAUCCUGGCACCUGGCAGACAGCCCCACGCUGAAUGGAGCUACUGGCCACAGCAGCAGCUUGGAUGCCCGAGAGGUGAUCCCCAUGGCAGCGGUGAAGCAAGCUCUGAGGGAGGCUGGCGAUGAGUUUGAACUGCGGUACCGGCGGGCAUUCAGUGACCUGACAUCCCAGCUCCACAUCACCCCAGGGACAGCAUAUCAGAGCUUUGAGCAGGACACUUUCGUGGAACUCUAUGGGAACAAUGCAGCUGCAGAGAGCCGGAAAGGCCAGGAGCGCUUCAACCGCUGGUUCCUGACAGGCAUGACUGUGGCCGGUGUGGUUCUGCUGGGCUCACUCUUCAGUCGGAAAUGACCAGACACUGACUACCCACACACCAUCCCACCCCUAUCCCUGCCCCCAGCACAUCCCUCCAUUUGAUCCCCAUUGCCACCAGGAGAACC